AUGUUUACAGAACUAUCCUAUUUAUCAUACGACCUGACCGUAUGUCUACUCAGCUUUUUGGUCUACAUUUUCUUUAGAGAAGUGCGUCCCAGAGGCUCACAUCGUAUACCUAAAGAAGGCCCAGUUAUCUUUGUAGUAGCUCCUCAUGCAAAUCAAUUUGUGGACCCUUUACUGGUAAUGAAAGAGUGUGGAAGAAGAACAUCCAUGCUGAUUGCAGAGAAAUCAAUGCAUCAAAGAGGUGUUGGCACAUUUGCACGCAUGCUGAAUGCUAUUCCUGUCAUUCGCCCUCAAGAUCUAGCAACCAGAGGAAAAGGCACAGUCUCUGUUUCUGACUCAAAAGAAGAAGGAGGAGGAGGGCAGCAAACAUACAUUUUGGGCACAAAAACCGAAUUUACAAAGCAAUUAUUUCCAAAAGAUACGCUUGUGCUAGUAGGACCUCAUACAGAAGGAUGUAAAGCUGAAGUCGUGCAAGUCAUUUCAGAUACAGAACUCGUUAUAAAGCACCCGUUUAAAAGCACUAUUUCUCUGGAGAAUGAACAAUUCAAGUACAAGUGUAUUCCUCAUGUGGAGCAAUCGUCUGUCUUCAAAGCAGUGCACGAAGAAUUGAAUCGAGGUGGUUGUAUCACUAUUUUUCCUGAGGGCGGUAGUCAUGACCGAGUGGAAAUGUUGCCUUUGAAAGCUGGUGUCACCUUGAUGGCUUUGGGUGCCAUGGCACAAUAUCCUGGCCUGGAUGUCAAGAUUGUGCCUGUUGGUUUGAAUUACUUCCAUGCGCAUAGAUUUAGAUCGAGAGCAGUCAUUGAGUUUGGUGAACCUUUGACUAUCUCUGAACGCUACGUAGAGAUGUUCAAAAACGGCGGUGAGGAGAAACGAUUAGCAUGUGGCACCUUGCUGGGUAAAAUUUACGAUUCAUUGAAAUCUGUCACAUUGAAUGCUGAAAGCUACGAGACAUUGAUGUUGAUCCAAGCAGCAAGAAGACUCUACAAGCCUGCUAAUCGCAAACUACACAUUUCUCAAGUGGUUGAUUUAAACAGACGCUUCCUCAUAGGGUACAACAUGUUUAAAGAUGAACCCAAGGUUAAAGAAUUGGAGCAGCGUGUGCUUGCUUACAACCAGUUGCUCAAGUACCAUGGCAUUCGUGAUCAUCAGGUUCAAAAGACAAAGUUGGGAGGGAAGCAUACAGUGUACCUUAUUUUCAAAAGGUUUAUUAUCAUGUCAUUGUUAGCACUAUUGGACUUUCCGGGAGCUAUUCUCAAUCUACCUGUCAUUGUUAUUGCAAGAAUUAUUAGUCAAAAGAAAGCAGAUGCUGCCUUAAAAGGCUCUUCAGUCAAAAUUGCUGGUCGUGAUGUUCUCGCUACAUGGAAAUUACUUGUUGGCCUUGUUCUUGUCCCUUCAUUGUACUCUUUCUAUAGUUUUGUUGUAUUCUUGGUGUUAUUUAAAACGACACACUACGAUAUCGGGACUCUGGUUCGUAUUGCCAUCGCUACAUGGUUCAGUAUUGCUGCCGUUACACUGGCAUCUCUUCAGUUUGGUGAAAUUGGGUUAGAUAUUGCAAAGUCUUUGAAGCCAAUGAUUGUGUCUGUAUUAGACCCUUCAGGUGCAGAAACUUUGCGACAAAACAGAGAGAUUUUAUCUGUCAAUAUCACAAACUUGAUCAAUGAAUAUGGACCUAAAGCAUUCCCUGAUUUUGAUGCUGACUACAUUAGCAAGAUGAAAGUCGCACCCACGCCUGUUGCAAGCCGUAGCUCCAGUUCCAGUAGCUUCAACCUUACCAAUGUCAAGAUACCAACCAUAUUCCAUCAAAACAAGGUGCUGGACACUUUGCAUGAUCAUCAUUUGUUCAAUUGGAGCUACAACAAAGCCAACUCGGACGAGAAUCCUGGAUUCCUGGGGAUUGGUCAUUACUUUACAAGAAGCGGUGCUACAACACCCACAUUACUAGGCGGCAGUAGUCGAUCAAGCAGUUUUAGUGCUGCUACCAACAUUGAUGAAGAUCCUCUUGCAAUUCCUUCCAUCCGAAUUGAAGAUGUGUAUCACAUUACAAAAGAUUAA